ACACUCCGCAUUACGUCUUCGCCACGCUGGAAGGGUCCAACGUAAGAAGCUUGUCCAGCCUUUACCGGCAGCGCUGCGCCCUGUGUCUUUGCUUCGUCUACAUAGCCUCGCUGUGACGAUCCUUCAUUCUCGCUAAAGGCUCGUUCCGCUCGCGAUUGUUGCAAGUUGGCUUCGCCUUAGAUGGCUCGGUGACACUACGCCCACACCUGAAUCUUUCUUUGCUAGACAUAACUCGUCAUGGAGAGAUAUAGUCAGUUCCGCGAUAAAGGCACGGCGAUAGCGCCGUUCCUCCCCGUUCCUACCCCGCCGGUCGGUAUCAUCUGGUCACCAAUAUACCUCUUCCUCUUCUGCGUGCGCGCACCCUUUGUCGUGGCUUUCUCACUGUUAUACUUCGUAAUAUUGGAAUGGCUUCCUAUUGGGAGGAGGCUGAAGUAUGCGGUGCUAUGGCUGAUGCUGGGCAUCCCUGGUGUGUGGUGGGUGGAUUUGCAGGUUGAUGGUGUUAAGAGAGGACAACUACACUCUGCGAAAAACAACCUCCCCAAACCUGGCACGAUCAUCGCGUCCUCCUUUACAUCACCCCUCGAUCCGCUCUACCUCGCCGGUAUCUUCCAACCGAUUUUCACUCGCUCAUACCCCGACCACCGAAAAGUCGAACGCAUAACGCUUCUGGGCGCCAUCCUCCACGCAUUCUCCCCGCCCGUCCUUUCUCCACCCGACUCCUCCAAGCUCGUCUCACUCAAACAGCUCACCGACGAGAACCCGAACAGAAUAAUUUGCAUAUUUCCCGAGACUACUACAACAAACGGCAGAGGUAUCCUCCCGCUAUGCCCCAGUCUGCUGAGUGCAGAUGGCAAGACGAAGAUCUACCCUGUUAAUCUUCGGUACACACCCCAAGAUGUCACAACUCCCGUUCCCGGUGGAUAUGCAUCGUGGUUCUGGGGCCUGCUCAGCAAGCCGUCACAUCAGAUGCGAGUACGCAUCGCUUCGCGUGUAUACAACAGUAGCAGCCAGGACCAGCCCUCUCGUCCUACAUCGAGUUCGAAGCAAACACCGAUCAAGGCAUCAGGCUACGAUGCAAAUAUCUUCGAUCAACCUGACUUUAGGAACGGAUUCAGUGGCAAGCAUGGGGAGGCCGGUGAUGGCAUGGAUGUUGAUGUUGGCGGCGCUGUGAACGACGUUGAUGGUUUUGUUAGCGAAGAUGAACAGAAGGUCCUUGAAAGGGUCGCGGAGGACUUGGCGAGGUUGGGCAGAGUCAAGAGGGUUGGGUUAGGCGUUGAGGAUAAGGUUGAAUUUUUGAAGGUUUGGGGCAGGAGGAAACGAUAGAUGAGGGAG